AUGCUGUCCGGCCGUGUCGCUUCGCGCUCCGUGGCGUCGCGCGGCCUACGCAGCUCGCCGCUGGCCCCGCAUUGGCUGGCAGCCUCCCAAGUCGGCGGCAAUGCCGUGCGCUCGUUUGCAGCUCCGUCGGGCGGCUCCAACGCCGGCGGCGGCGUGCCCGGGGACUUCGUGUGCCACUUGAGGGACGUGGGCGUGACCAUCCCGGGCGGCAAGAAGCUCUUCGAGCGCGUGAGCUUGGGCUUCCUGCGCGGCGCCAAGAUCGGCGUGCUGGGCCCCAACGGCAGCGGCAAGUCCACGCUGCUCAAGGUCAUUGCGGGCGUGCGCUCGGACUUCGACGGCGAGCGCUGGGUCAAGGACGGCUUCAAGGUGGGCUACCUGCCGCAGGAGCCGCAGCUGGACCCGAGCAAGAACGUGUACGAGAACAUCAUGGACGGCCUGAGGGAGAGCCAGACGCUGUUGGCCAAGUUCGACGAGGUGUCGAUGGCCAUGGGCGAGCCCGACGCUGACUUCGACGCGCUGCUGGAGGAGCAGGCCAAGCUGCAGGACCAGAUCGAGACCUUGGGCUGCUGGGACUUGAGCCACGAGGUGGAGAAGGCCAUGGCGGCCCUGAGGGUGCCCGCUGCGGACGCGGACGUGGAGGUGCUGUCCGGUGGAGAGCGCCGUCGUGUGGCGCUGUGCCGGUUGUUGCUGGAGAAGCCCGACAUGCUGCUGCUGGACGAGCCCACGAACCACUUGGACGCCGAGUCGGUGCACUGGCUGGAGGACUUUUUGCAGAAGUACCGCGGCACGGUGCUGUCCAUCACGCACGACCGCUACUUCCUGGACAACGUGGCGGGCUGGGUGCUCGAGCUGGACCGAGGCGAGACGUACGCGUACGAGGGCAACUACACGGAGUGGCUCACACAGCGCCGCAACCGCCUCAACAUGCAGCGCAAGAGCGACGCCAUCCGCGCUAAGCAGAUCGCGUCCGAGAUCGCGUGGUCGCGCGACCACCAGGGCAGCAAGAAGGCCAACAAGGCGCGUCUCAAGAAGCUGCAGGAGAUGGAGUCGAGCGGCUUCCGCGCGUCCUCGCGCGUCGAGGAGGGACAGAUCGUCGUGCCGUCCGGUGUCCGCCUCGGCAACAAGGUCAUCAAGGUCACCAACCUGCGGAAGCAGCUGGACGACGGCCGCGUCCUGUUCGACAAGCUGUCCUUUGAGAUCCCUCCGCACGCCAUUGUGGGCAUCGUGGGAGGCAACGGAAUGGGCAAGAGUACGCUGUUUAACAUCAUCGCGGGCAUCGAGGAGCCUGACGAGGGUGACGUGGAGCUGGGCAAGACUGUGAGCCUCGGCUUCGUGAGCCAGAGCCGCGAUGAACUGAGCGGCCGGCGGACUGUGUACGAGGAGAUCUCGGGCGACAACGAGUUCGUGGAGAUCGGAGGCGACCGCAUCAACACGCGCGCGUACAUCGCCAGCUUCAACCUGCGCGGCGGCAUGCAGGAGAAGAAGGUGGGCAGCCUCAGUGGCGGAGAGCGCAACCGCGUCCACCUGGCCAAAAUGCUGCUGGGCGGCCACAACGUGGUGAUGCUCGAUGAGCCUACGAACGACCUGGAUGUCGACACGCUGCGCUCGCUCGAGGCUGCGCUCAGCGACUUUGACGGCGUCUCGAUGGUGAUUUCCCACGACCGAUGGUUCUUGGACCGCAUCUGCUCGCACAUCAUCGCCUUCGAGGGCAACGGCCACGUCGAGUUCUUCGAUGGCAACUACACCGAGUACGAGCGUGAGCGCAAGCAGCCGCUGCCGUAG